AUGGCAAUCUGCUUUAUGUUUGCUUUAUCAUCUCAGGAUAAUCCAGAUGUUUUCCUAUGCCUUGAGGAGUUGUUGAUGGAUGAUAUACAUAGGCUACCAGGUGGUAGCUCCAAUGUUGCAACUGAGGUCAGCAAUGGGUGCUUCUCCUGGGAUGGCUCACUUGAGAUACCAACAUUGAAGGAUCUGAAUUUUCAAGCUCGGCAAGGGAUGCGUGUUGCACUUUGUGGGACGGUCGGCUCUGGAAAAUCAAGUUUGAUCACUUGA